UCGGAGGCACUCCCUGCAUUGUACUGUCGCUUCUUACGCACGAUGAUGUAAGGAGAAGUAUGUGCAGUAUUUAUGAGCAUCCUUAAGUAAAAGCGUGUGUGUUGAUCGCGCCCUCAGUGGCUCUUCGUCACUCCCCACUCCCUUGCGAAAGCCCUCCUCUUCCCUCAGUAGGUUGAGCGCUCGGUCUGGAUGUGUGCUGAACACAGCGGCUUGUAGAAGAUGUCCGCCGCGGGUGCUGGAGCUUGCGGACCCGGACCUGGAGCCGGCGGCGCUCCGGGAUCCGGAGCCUCCAACCCUCGAAAGUUCAGCGAGAAAAUCGCGUUACACACUCAGCGCCAGGCCGAGGAGACCGCCGCCUUCCAGGAGGUCAUGAUGGACAUCACCUCCACCCGGAUUCAGGCUCAGAAGGUGCGACUGGCUAGAACACAGGGCCCUUACUAUGGAGGCUCUCUGCCAAACGUCAAUCAGAUCGGCAGGAACGCAGCCGACCUCCAGGGCCCAUUCCACUCGAACUUGGAAUCCAACCGCUCCACGCGGCACCAUGGACUGGUGGAGAGAGUCCCCAGAGACAGACGCUUCGCUUCCCCCAGCCGACCGUACAGGAGACAUAUGGACAGCUCUCACUGCAGCCCUGCAUACCUGUCUCCACCCCCUGACCCGAGCUGGAGAAGGAACUGGUCCAGUAAUUUCUCCAUGGACAAGAACCCAUUGUUCCGUCUUCCCAACACAGCACUCAACAGAACGAACUCAGACUCUGCUCUGCACACCAGUGUGAUGAACCCUCCCACAGGAGAUCUGUACAGUGCAGGACACACCCUACACCCACAUGGGAGACGCAGCGGAUUGACUGAGGGUGAAGGGAGGAGAAUGUUUCCAUACCCAGUCCCUCCCAUAGAGGAGAGUAUAUUAGAUGAAGGCAAGCUUCUAAAACCAUGGGAUACAAAGAAGUUACACAUGCUGUCCUCCCGACCAAAGUCUUGUGAAGUCCCUGGAAUCAAUAUAUUCCCUUCACCAGAUCAGCAGUCCAGCGCCCCUCUUGUCCCGUCUGCUUUGAAUACUGGAGGCUCUCUGCCUGAUCUGUCCAGUCUGCACUUCCCCUCACCUCUGCCGACGCCACUCGACCCAGAUGAGCCUGGCUACCCCUCCCUCAGUGGGGGCAACAGCACUGGCAACCUAGCGUCCACCCUCACUCAGCUCGGCAUCAAUACCACAAAUGCCUUCAACUCUCCAGGUCUCCUGGCCUCUCUGCAGGGCACACUUAGUAACCCUAAUCUCCAGUCUUCUCUUAGCAACCCUAACAUCCAGUCAUCUUUAAGCAGCCACUCUUUCCCCAACUCCCUUAGCUCUGCCUCCCUGCAGUCAUCACUUAGCAAUCCUUCCCUGCAGUCCUCCCUUAGCUCCUCCCCUUCUUUGCAGUCGUCCCUCAGCAACCAAUCCCUUCAUUCCUCUCUAAGCAACUCAUCUCUCAGCGGUCAGUCCCUCCAGUCGGUGAAUAGUGCAGUGGGGUCAGGCCCCUGUUUGAGUUCCUACCCUACGCUGUUACCCGGACAGGUGCAACCACAGUUAAGCUCCUCCCCCCGCAGGCGGGGUCAGCUCUCACCGCUUAACCUGCCCCCGGGCCCGGAGUCUCGCAGGCACCACUCCAAGCAGUUCUCACCCACCAUCUCAACCACAUUGACUUCAAUCACACAGGGUGUGCCACUAGAUACCAGUAAGCUUCUGAUGGACCAGAGAUUACCACCUUAUCCUUUCGGUCAGUCUCAGCCAGCCCAGGGCAGUGAUGCACAGAAAGGCUGCUCCUCACCACAGUCGGGCCAGCACCAACAAUUACAGCAACAUCAGCAGACAGCACAGCCUCCCCAGCGCCACCCCCACUCACAUACACAACACCCGCAGUCCAUGCAGCUGCACAUGCAAAACAUGCACAACCUGCAUAAAACGCAGAACUUUCCAUUUGAACACGUCCAACGACAACAGGGCUCCCAUCUCCAGCCGCAGCCGAACCAAAACCACAGCAGCGCAGCAGACGCACCAGGGCCAGUGAACUCGCAGAGAGCGCAGGAACCUGAUGUACAGACGCAGGCACACACACACGAACAGAACCAGAACCUUCCUCAACUUCAGCAGAUCAGCCAGUCUCUCGCCAGCGAACUUGGACUUUACAGUGAUUCCUUAUUACUGAACUCCCUUCUAGAGGAUCCAUAUUUGGGCUUACAACUUACUGGCAGGCAAAACCAGAACCUUUCUCAGCAGUUCACCAUUGACGCGCACGCAGAGGGUUUGUCCUUUAACCACAAUCUGGACACCCCCACUAAAGGCCAGGAUGGCUCCUACCCCAGCCACCAAGGGGUGCUAGACUUACUGGACUCCUCAGAACAGCAGUUCCUCAACCCCAGUCAGAACCAGAACUAUGGAAGUGGGCACCACCCUGUCCCCAACAUCAUACUGACUGGAGACUCUCCUCCUGGUUUGUCUAAAGAGAUCACCAGUGCUUUGUCUGGAGUGCCAGGCUUCGAAGUGGACCCGUUCUCUUCAGACGACACACUCAGGAUGGAGCCUCUGGCUCUGGAUGGCCUCAGCAUGCUCACCGAUGGAGACUUGAUGCUGGCCGACCCUGCCGUGGAGGACUCGUUUCGUUCUGACCGACUCAAAUGAACAAGACAAGGGAGAUUGGAUUGAUUAGGAGUCAGGAGACGUCCACCCAAUCUGCGAGUAAGAAGAAGUGAAGUCUUUAAGGCAUUCCAGUGGGAUUUCUCCUCAAUCUCCACUUAGGCUUGAAACCUGCUGAAGAGAUUCCUGAAAGGGACCAACUAUGUUCUUGAUUAAAAAAAAAUAAUAAAAAAAGUGUUAGUCCAGCUGUUUCUGCAGAUGCAAACAUAAAUAUAGGCAUUAGCUUGUCUAAGUCCUAACUGCAUGGUGACAUGUGCACUUCAGAUUACGUAACUUCCACAGAGGAGUCAAAGCAUGUGAUGCCAACUCGCAGAAAACGUUUAAAUCCGUGAGACACUCCUUUUACUAUUUAUUGUCUCCCUGAGUAUUGAUUCUCAAAAACAGACCAAGUGUUUAUCUCACAGAAAAGGAUCUGCCAAAAUAGAAAUAUGACCAACGUUACCGUGUCGCUGUACAUCACCGACUGUACACUUUGCAUCAAGGGCACGCCCGCCACACCCUCUUGUACUUAAUUUAUUAAUUCCAAGCUGAUUAUUAGGUGACACUUAUUCUCUAUUUUCAUGGCCCUGCCAUUGAACCUAACAAUUUCUUUUUAGUCUUUAAUUGACUUUAAUCUGCUGUAAAGUGGCUUUGAUAUAUCAGCAGCCUCUCUCUCCCCCAAAGUGUCAGGAGAAAAAGAUCAAAAUAUCUCUCUACAAUUGAUUUUCUGGAGGAUUCUGACCAAAAUGCCUCCAAAUAAAAAUUUUUUUUUUACCCUGCUUCAGCUAAAGCAAGCCUGCGUCUUGCGGAUGUGAUGUGAUGUGACGUGACGUGAUAGUGGCCGUGUGUGUGUGGCGGUGUCUUCUGUGUCAGGCUGAACUGGUACACUGGAGCUUGGUUCAUGUGAACUGAAAGCUGCAGCCCUGCUAAUGUAACAUAGUCUGUGCUUUUAGCAUUGCAGAUGCAUCAAAUGGAGGUUUUGCGUACAAAUAUCCACACACCAAUGCAUUUGCACUCUAAUGGCUGUUCCUUGUGUGGUUUGCUUGUCCCUGGUGGAAUGUGCGCGUGUGUGCGCGCGUGUGAGUCUGUGUGCGUGCGUUCGUGCGUCUGUGUGCGCGUGUAUUUGGAGUUCAAGAAUGCAGUCAAAUCUUCAGUCACUGUGAUAUGCACCUCUUACUGCUCCCUCUACCUGCCUUUGCACAUCCCCACUCCUGAACAAGGCCAUAUUCAAAGGACUACAUAUUUUAUGUAACAAAUAGUAUGUACUAUGAAUUUUAUUUUUUAACAGAGCAAGUCUAGAUGUAAGUGUAUAUAAAUGUAUUCCUAUAAUAAUAUAAAUCUCUAAAUUAAGGAAGAGAAGCCUAUUUCUGAAUAGAAUGCACCAAAGCGUCGUCAUUCAGCAGAUUGAGUUUUAUUGUUUAAGCCACAGGUUAUUUGUCGGUUUUGCCUUCUCUGCCAGUGUUGUUUCUUUUUGUCUUUUUUAAAUAUUGUUUUGUUUUUUUAUUUUAAAAAAGCAUAUUUGAUUAUUUUUGAAAUAUUGUACAGUUGCAGUGUUUACUGUCCCUUCACUGCUAUGUGCAUGUUAUUAACAGUGCUUGAGUUAUGUUAGUUGUGCGUGCGCCAUGUGAAUUCGAAAGCAUAGGCAUGUCUCAAAUGCCAGAAUGUCCAGAGCAGAGAAGCCUUUCGUUCUACUGUAAUGAUUAAUUCAAAACAAUUGUUUUAAGUAUAUGGAUAAGUCCAUACUUUCUCUUUUUAUAUGCUUGUGCUUUACAGUGGCUUGGUACCUUCAUGCUUAGCCUUAAUAUCUAGGCUACUUACUUUAUUAAUUGCUGCAACUUUUCAUAAUCUUCAUGGGGAAAAAAACUCAUUAUCUAGCACUUUUCAUACAUUUCUAAUUCCUAUCAAAGUGUUUAUAAGUGCUGAUAAAACAGAUUUUUUUUUUCAAUGCAUGCACUGGUUAAAACGGUGAAUGAGGUAUUUUUUUAAAUAGAAAAUAUACCUAAUAAAAUCCAGUGCAUUGGAUUGAUGACGAAAGCAGAAAAGGAAAAGAUUUGUAAAAUGACGGAAACCGAAAAAGGCACGUUCCAGAUUGGAAGUGCGUAGAGGUAAAAGGAGUCAAAUUCACGUUCCUUUUCCAUUUUGAGUUUCAUAAAUAUUCAUUAAGACCCGAUCAGGACCCGAUGUAUAUUCUGUCGGGUCCUUUCAGAAAUGGAUAAAGGUGCUAGAUUGCAGAGCUUUCAAGCCAUACUGUCUGGUAUUUGCACAGAAAUGCAUUUUCUGACUUUCCGACAGAUGAUUUGAUUAUCAUUAGAUUUCACUGAUUUCAAACUCUCAUCACUUUGUACGAAACUUGUGUAGAAUGUGAUUCUCAAAAAGGAUAUACUCAAUCAUUUACAAGCACUGUGAAAUGUGAGCAAAUCCCGCUAACUGAUAUCCUUCCAUUCUGAAACUGCAGCUUGUAUUUGUGACUUUCUAGGUGAUCCUAAUUAAUACGUGGGGGGUUGGGUUCAGCAAUUUAAUUAAGCUCUAACAUGAUCAGUGUUCAUGUGAUGAAAGAAAGCAUUCCUAAUAACAAAUUUGUCAAAUCAACAUUAAGCGCAUCACCUAGGUUCCUUGCCACAGUCUUGAUCUUCAGCACCAGAUUCUUUAGUUUUGUGUAAAAAGUCGAAGUGCUUAAUACUUUGAUAUUUUAGGCCAUCUUCAACACCACCUCUUGUUACUGAGCUAUAUAUAUAUAUGCAGUGUCUUUCUGUAAAGUAGCCUUAUUCCUGCACUAAUUUAGAUUUAUACAAAAAAUGCACUUGAAAACAAAGUUAAUGUUUUCAAGCCAUUCCUGUGGAGCUGCCAUAUCACAAAUGUUCGGCCAUUCGCGUGAUAAAAUUCAGGUAUCGUGUAAUGCACUCUUAGUAUCUGCUGUUGUAUGAAUGUCAUGGUGUCUGGGGAAGGGGUUUGAAAGGUUUCUUGUGGACAUUUGUGAGAGAAAAUUUGUGAAGUCAAAAGGCUCAUGAGGCAUACCUGACAUUUCUUGCUCGUACCCUUUUGCUGAUCGUUAGAUCAGUUUCCCUCUGUGCCACAUCAUCUUGAAAUCAUGGUGUAGACAAUCUUGGUCUGCUCACUUACUUGCACAAGAUUAUCACACGACAGGGAUGUGAGAAGGUUAUAUGAAGUAUGUUCAAACCAGUGCAAGUUGCUAUUCAUUUUGCAGUGUUUUUUAACCAUUAGAGUUGCUCAUGAUUGUCCACAGCUGUGAUACCCAGCAGUUUAUCUUUGUCAUCUCUGAUUUUCACAACUUUUUCCACAGAGCUGUAGGAUUAAUGGAAUAGAGGGCUUUUUUUUUUCUUCUAAAAGAACUGAUUUAAGAGACACCAAGACUGUGAAUAGAAAUAUAACAGACGUUUCACAACCAAGGCUUUGUUACCGAGUCCAAACAGAGUAUUUUCACCAUUUCUACACAACGUUUGGAAAGAUUUUCAAUCAUGUCUGUGGACGUUAUUUUAAUGAGAUGUGUGCAAAGACAUUUUUUUAAAACCUAUUUUCAUAUGUUACAACUGCAUGCCAGGCGGUUAUGCACGCUUUUGACUUUAACUGCACUGUACAAAUGCGCAUUGGACUUGUCCUGGGUGUAUUAAAGGCGCUGCACGCUUCAGUAAGGGCGCAGUGCUGUUUUCCGCCAGCAGGGGGAGCUGUUGAACAGCGGCUCAGAGCUGAGCUGAACACAACUGAUUGUCUCGUGUUUGUUGACAGAAUUAAAACAAUGUUCUUUAUUCCGUUUUCUGUGUCGUUGUGCUUGAGUUGAGUGAACGUUUGUCCAGUCUCUGUUUAUAUCCAAGUGGAAUAUAUAUAUAUAUAUAUAUAUAUAUAUAUAUAUAUAUAUAUAUAUAUAUAUAUAUAUAUAUAUAUAUAUAUAUAUUUGUGUUAUAAGUCAUGCCUUUUGAACCGUUACUCUUGCUUUACAUUCUUUUGAUAACCAGGGAAUCCAUAUUUGUUGUAAAUAAUAUAUAAAAUAUAGGUGCUUCUAACGGAAUAUUUUUAAGACUGUAUCCUCAUAAUAUUUUACAAAAAAUAAAUAAAUAAUUGAACUGAAUGUCUAAGAAGGUCUUUUGAAAUCAUUCACUUGGUUAGUUUUUCUUACAUCUUAUGCACAGACUACACUGACUAUCCUUACCUCAGGUCAUGACUGAACUCACAUACUAUACUAAAUAGUGUGCAGUCAUUUGGUUUUGUAAAUAAAAACAGUAGAUGUUCAUAAAACAUUAGCCUUCUUUAGCAUUAUAGUCUGUCAUUCAUAUCACAAAGCUACAAUUUUACCAACUAUAGGAGUCCUGAAUCAUGGUGGAGGUAGGACAAGCUGAUAAUCAUUUAUCAUUUUAUUGAGGUUGUUGUUGCUAAUUCAGCCUUGGCCUGUUCAUUUGUUUGUAGACUUAAUGUUAAAACUAAAAGGAAUUUCCUGGUUAACAAGUGCACUUUUUGACCAUGUAGUACAGAGUUAUAGAAGGGAGUUAUUUAUAAUCUCACUAGUGUAACUCAGAUGAGGAUGGGUUCCCUUUUGAGUCUGCUUCCUCUCAAGGUUUCUUCCUCAUGUGGUCUCAGGGAGUUUUUCCUUGCCACUGUCGCCUCUGGUUUGCUCAUUAGGGAUAAAUUUAGAAGUUAAAAAUUUAUAUUCUGAAUUGAUGUAUUUCUGUAAACCUGCUUUGUGACAAUGUCCAUUGUUAAAAGUGCUCUAUAAAUAAAAUCAAAAUGUUUGUUUAAGUAGGCUAGGUGGUAAUUAGUUGGAGAGAGAAGCUGUUACUUUGUGGUAUAAAUGAUAUGUAGUUUAUGUUCUAUACUUAAAAUUAAACAGUAUUUUUUUAAUUAUUAAAUAGUUAGGGCUCUGUGAUAUAAUGAUAUAAUAUCUGUAUUGUGAUAAAUGAAUAUGCGAUACACUUUUGAGAUAUCAUUGGUAUGAUGUAUUUUUUUAUGUUUUUAAUCAUUACAAAUUAAAUGGUACUGAACGGAUG